GUCUGACGGAGAGGGGCGUGAUUAUAUUGUUAAGCAGAUGUCUCGUGCUUAAGCUAUUCAGCCGGCUCUGUCCGUGAAUCAGUUGUGUGGGAAGUGGGCGUUGAUGUGAAACGAAUUUGUGAGGAUGGGAGCCCAUGUUUCGCGGACAGAUUUUGAAUGGUCUUAUACUGAAGAACCACAUGCUAGUAGAAGAAAAGAAAUUUUGGCAAAAUACCCACAGAUAAAGAAGUUAUUUGGUUAUGAUCCUAAUUUCAAGUGGGUUGUAACAGGCAUGGUACUUGUGCAGUUCAUGAUGUUAUUUGUCAUGAAAGAUCAGUCAUGGCCAAUGAUAUUUUUGGUUGCAUAUGUUUUUGGUGGUGUGAUAAACCAUUCAUUAAUGCUUGCUAUUCAUGAAAUUUCACAUAAUUUGGCUUUUGGACAUGCACGACCAUUAGCUAAUAAAGCGUUUGGGAUAUUCACAAACUUGCCUAUUGGUAUACCAUUUUCAAUCAGUUUUAAGAAGUAUCACCUGGAGCAUCAUAGGUACCAGGGUGAUGAAAUGAAGGACACUGACAUACCAACCUACUUGGAGGCGAAGCUGUUCUGCAAUACUUUUGGAAAAUUUUGCUGGUUGUGUUUGCAACCAUUUUUCUAUGCUUUGAGGCCAGUUAUUAUUUACCCAAAGUCGCCAACGACUUUGGAAAUAGUUAAUGUCAUUAUCCAGCUAAUCUUUGAUGUCUUCGUUUAUUACUAUUUUGGGGGCAAAGUACUAGUGUACUUAAUUGCUGGAUCAUUAUUGGCAAUGGGGCUGCAUCCAGUUGCUGGGCAUUUCAUUUCCGAACAUUACAUGUUUCGAAAAGGUUACGAGACAUACUCGUAUUAUGGGUGUCUUAAUUGGAUAACAUUCAAUGUUGGCUAUCACAAUGAGCAUCAUGAUUUUCCUGCAGUUCCUGGAUCACGUCUUCCAGAGGUGAAACGGAUAGCAGCGGAAUAUUAUGAUAACCUACCACAGCACAAUUCUUGGGUUAGUGUUUUGUAUGACUUCGUCAUGGACCCUGAUAUUGGACCUUAUGCACGCAUAAAAAGGAAAAACAGAGGAUUGAAAUCAUGAGUUGUAUUACUUUGAUGCUUUAUUUUUGAAUAAAUAUGUUAUCAGUGUUUUCAGCUGAAAAGUCAUAGACUGUUGGAAAUUUUUUUGAUGAGAUUAAUUUGUUAUUUCAUAUUGUGAAAUGUGUGGUGAAUGACCUGUGUGAAUUGGAAAACUGUAUUGACCUGGACUAAAUGUUGAUUAUUACAGAUACUGUGAUGCACGUUACAAUUACUGACGGGAUCUGUUAUGCUGUUCAACUAGGUCUUGCCAAAAUUGUCUAUGGUGUACAGUGCAUGUUAGGCUUCAUGUUCAUAUGUGAAAAUUUAGAACAAAAUCACUGUUUUAAAUAAUGAAAUAUUGUAUGGUAACCAACAUUUUUUGCUGCUUUGGGAACUUAUGUCAGCAAAAGUUAUUUGUAACUUGCAGGGUUGAUAUCUUCAAAUUUGUUUUAACAAUAACUUGUUAAGAUGUGUAAAUACUGUAUUUUAAUGAUCAUACAUGAUUUUUGGGUUUUUAAUUUUUCCUUUCACUUUUUUAAACUGAUCAUUUGUAAUAUGCCAGUAAUGUUUUCCACUGUUACCAAGUUAUGCCUUGAAAAGCACAAAUCUCUAUUUUUUAUUGUGUGUGUGUGUGUGUGUGUGUGUGUGUGUAAAGCAGACAGAAAUCUGUGAACUGACAUUUUUCUAAUGUAAGAGAUAAAUCCAUUAGUUGCUCACUGUCAAAAAUGUAUUUAUUGCUGGUUUACAAUGUUAAUUUCUAAGAUUUGAAUGUAAGUUAAUUAGCCCUUACAUGUAAAACAUAAAAGGCUGAAAAGGCUGGUAUCUUUUCUAGUCACAUGUUGAUCUGUGAGGGCAGGAAAUGAAUCUGAAGCAUGAGCUGCAUUUAGUAUUGUCUUUGUCAUAAAUAUUUGUUUGCAUCAAAGUAUAUGAAAUUGCGUCUAUAUAAAAUUAGUUAUGCUGUGGCUUAUUCAAAAUUACAUGUUUAGCUCAGUAGUAGUUGUACUCUUAUUGUAACUUUCUUACAGGUAUUUAUAUUCUGGUAUGCAUUUUAAUUGGUAUUUUGACCUGUUUAGAGCUUUAAUUUUUGCUACUUAUAGCCAUGGCUGCUGUAUGUGAGCUAUUUUUGACAUUAAAAACGUACAAAUAAAUCUUUUUUUAAAAAUUA